AAUAACACUCUCCAAAACGGCAGUUAUAAAAUCACCGCCACCGUGAUCUGUGGGGUUUUUUUGGUGUUGAUUAGAAAUAGGUUUCAGUUGAGAUAGAAAAAUCCAUAUCCAUCCAUCAUGGGAGAAGAAGCAACAAUCUUGUCUCCUGAAAACACACAACAAUCAACAUCCAAAAAAGAAGAAGAAGAAACAACUUUAAAGUUUCUUGAUUCAGUUGACCACUAUCUUGUCUUGAUUCAUACUUUAUCUUCCACUCUUCGCCAGGGAUGGCUGGAGUUAGCUAGUGCUCGCUAUUCAAUGGGUGGUUCACGUGUAAACACUGCCUUACUUAACCUUAAACAUCAUUCCGCUGCUACAACAGUCGAGCUAAAUAAUGACAACGGGGGCUCCGUUACGACCUCACCACAGUUCGGUUUACAUAAAUGGACAUCUUCUGACAAUAAAGACUCCUCUUCAAAGAAGGAAAACAUUGAGGAAGAUGAGCAGUUGAAUGAAUAUCUAAGCAGUCCAGAUUCUGAAAAACAUGAGAGUACACUAGAGAGCAGUGACAGGCACCAAACCGAUGCAUCAGCGCGUAAAACAGAUGACCAUGUGAGUGACCAAACCGAUGCAUCAGCCCGUAAAACAGAUGACCAUCUCCAGAAAGAACGAGCAAAAGUACUGUCAACGUUUGGGACUUUAGUUUCUCCUAAGCUUCGAGCUUCUCAACUUUCAUUCGAGACAGCCCUAGAAACACUUGUAGAAUUAGCAAAUGCGCGUUCAUCUAUUCUUGAAGCUCAUGAUGUGCUACAUAAGGAUAUGAAGAGUACCAAGAAAUGACAUAAUGGAGGAGUCUUAAUUGUCCAAAAUAAAAUUGUUCGAUCCAGGGAUAAUUCUAUGAAGAGAACAAAAUUGGUGUACCAACGCAAGACUCCAGUUUGAACUCUUUAUUUUGUUGACCAUACGAUGAAUCUCGAAGUUUUUAAAAUUCUGUAGAGCAUCCGUACAAAGGACUUGGAGCUUUAUGUCAUCUUGUCUGAAUGGAAUUUCACUACGACAUACAUGUUAUCUGAAGAACAGUUACUAUAAGAUUCUUAGCAUACAAAUACAAUUUCCAUUUGUCGAUGUAAGAUAUAAGACUAUAAUUUAUUGUCUAAAAGAGGAUUGUAGAGUGGCUGGAAGUAAUUGUCAAAUAUCUUGAUUUCUC